AUGAGUGAUGUUGAGAAAAAAAGGAAGAGGGCAAUCACUGCCCGCCGGCAGCAUCUGAAGAGUGUUAUGCUCCAGAUUGCUGCUACUCUCCUAGAGAAAGAAACAGCAGCUAAAGAAGCAGAAAAGGCCAAUUACCUUGCCGAGCACUGUCCUCCUUUGUCACUCCCACACUCCAUGCAGGAGUUGCAGGAGCUAUGCAAAAAGCUUCAUGCCAAGGUAGAGGUGGUGGAUGAGGAAAGAUAUGACACUGAGGCUAAGUUACAGAAAACCACCAAAGAGCUUGAAGACUUGAGCCAGAAACUGUUUGACCUGAGGGGCAAGUUCAAGAGGCCACCCCUGCGUAGGGUCCGCAUGUCUGCUGACGCUAUGCUGCGUGCCCUGCUGGGCUCCAAACACAAGGUCUGCAUGGACCUUCGCGCUAACCUGAAGCAGGUCAAGAAGGAGGACACUGAGAAGGAGAAGGAUCUGCGUGAUGUGGGUGACUGGAGGAAGAACAUCGAGGAGAAGUCUGGCAUGGAGGGCAGGAAGAAGAUGUUUGAGACUAGUGAAUCCUAAAUCCCACGCAGCUGUUAACUGUAAUCCUGGUAUCUAGUCAAUUUCCAAAUUUCUCCUCCUCCAUCUCUCCUGCCACCUAUUUUUCAAACCAGCUCUCUAGCAGCGUUGUUUAGGGCUAAACUUCCUGAGCCCAAGG